CGCCGUUGCGUAUUUUUGUGAUAAGGCCGCCAACACUUCCCACUUAACGCCAAUUCAAAUAUUAGUUUAAUCAUUUAAACUAAAGUUUGCUUUGUUUUUAUUCAUAAUGACCAAGGUGCCAUUUACAUUAAGAAUGUACGCGAAUAUGUGCAAGUAGACAGAUUUUAGAAUGGAAAUAAUAUUUUCACGUCUCUAAAAUUGAAAAUUACACGUGUUAGCAUACAGCGGUUUAUUUAUGUGAGGAAAGUUAAUAGAACACAUUAAAGAAGUGAAUACAGUUUUAUCAUUCAUUAUGAGCAUAUUAAAGUAUUUAACAAGCAACUGAUUUAUACAGUCAUUUUAUAAAUUUUAAACGUAAACGGAUCCACAAACGCGAUCUUCAAAUAUGGAUGGAAUAAGUCUCCAUCUUCCGCCCGUGAUUCCGGAUUCGUACUACGAUAUUUCGACCCACAAUACGGGAUAUCAUCCUUAUUCGAAUACAUCGAAUUCAGCAUGGACUUCACGAGACGACAGUGGCCGUGGAUAUCAAACACAGAAUAGUGAAUUUGAAGCCCAGAUACGGUUCCCGGCUAGUAAUACGGUACGACGAGGAUGUCAGUUGGAGAUAGUUGAACAGAAUAUUAACGGAGAUGUUGCAGGUUCGGCCGGGCUAGAACAAGAGUGGCCUGAAGAAGAGGAAAGAGAGGAUGAAAAGGUUACAGAAAAGUCCUCCCCACGUCAGUCACAAGUUGCAGUAACCUUGCAAUGGUUGUCAGAGAAUUACGAGAAAGCGGAGGGUGUAUGUUUGCCUAGAUGUGUCCUGUAUCAACAUUAUUUAGAUUUUUGUAAGAAAAUGAAGUUCACACCUGCUGGUGCAGCCACAUUCGGAAAGAUUAUUCGACAGAGAUUUCCAAAACUAACAACGCGACGUCUUGGUACACGUGGACAGUCAAAGUAUCACUACUACGGCAUUGGCAUCAAGGAAACAUCUAUUUAUUAUCACUCUGUGUACUCUGGGAAGGGACUGACACGAUUUUCUGGAAUCAAGCUAAAGACAGAGGGGUCGAGUCGAAAGUAUUCCCUGAGUUCCAAGACGGGCACUCUUCUACCAGAAUUUCCAAACGCCAAAAACCUUAUCCUUCCAGCAGGCACCGAUCUUGAUAAGAUGAGAACGUUUAUUAUGAUGUACAGAACUCACUGUCAGCGAAUCUUGGAUACAGUUAUCAGUGCAAACUUUGAGGAGGUGCAAAAUUUCUUGGUACACUUUUGGCAAGGAAUGCCCGAACAUCUUGUUGAUUUGCUCCACUGUAACCUACUGUCUGAUAUCAUAGCUCUAUGUGAUUCUAUACUGUAUAAGGUGUUAGUAGAUGUUUUAAUUCCUUCAAGUAUACAAGAGCUGCCGCAAUCAUUGCACGGCGAGAUGAGAAUGUUCACUAAAUUUCUGCCUUAUUGGUUAGAGACCUCUAUGGAAACAGUCCCAGACCAUAUACAGCAACGAAAAAUAGAAGUUGCAAAGAGUUUUAUCCAGAGUUUGAAGAGACAGUCAUCGUUUGUUCAUCUUGCUCAGACCGCUCGAUCUGUUGUCAUGAACCAGGACAUCGUGUCACAGAUGGUGAAAGACAUCUCUAAUGUAGAUUUUGUAGAUAUAUGCAGUCAGGCAGGAUUUAUGGACCCAUCAGCGAAUCCAAAAUUCUGCGUGAAAAUGCAAGACUUCUAUGACGAAUUCAAGGAAUUACUGAGUAAACAAUCUUCUAUUGAAAAUUAUACCGAAUGGAUAGAUGACAUUGUAGACAAGUGUGUCAUAAAGCCAAGUGAUAACGAUCCUGAAUUAUUCAAGGAGAAAGCUGCGGAAUUCCUCUUACACUGGGGAGCGUUUGGUGGCCUUCUUAUGAGGGAACUAACAUUACAGAAUGCAACAUCGUUUGCUUCUAUACACUUGGUGCAUUUGAUGUUGGACGAGUACGCGUUCUUGGUCAUAGAGACUCAACAAGAGGCGGAGGUAGAGAAACUACUCCAGAGAGCUGUGCAGCGACAUAUGAAAAACGCCGAGGAAAUACAAACAAAGGCAGUCGUUCGUAACGCAACAAACAAGGGCAUGCAGUCGCCGAAAUGCAAGAAAAGACGACCUAUAGAGGAAACUGAUCAUGAUAAUUCCAUUCAAGCAUCAGAUUCUAGAUUAGGAUCAAACAACGACUUGCACAGCGUGACAAAUGACCAUCUACCUAAUGGAACAGCAUUUUCACGGCCACUUCCAACACACAAUAAAGACAUUCAUAUCCAAGAAAGCACUUCUGAAAACAACACUACUCAAAGAAUACAAAACGGAACAAUAUCAGUUCCUCCUGUAAAACCGUACCAGCCUUACAACAACACGUUUGACAGACCGACUUAUCUACCUCAAUUUGGGAUCGGAUCCUACACAGACUAUGUUGGAGUUAACCCCCCUUUUAGUAACGCGAGAUUUUCAAAUUACUCCGAAACUUACAAUCAAGCGUUUCCAACGACUCAUUUUGGAUCAAAUAUUUCACCAGUUGCUGGUAAUUACUGGACAGACGGACGGACACAUCACUCACUGUCAGACCCUUACCAGUCAUAUAAUUACAAUAAACUAAAUGCAACAUAUGACAGUUUAAAUAAAACAACGUUGCUUAGAAACAAUGCAUACCAGGAGACAAUAAACAGACAAGCGUUUGAUCCAGCCAGAUCGUAUUACAGAGGUCCUCAUGAUAAUCUCCAAGUUGGACCACAGUUGCAGAUGGGAGCAUACGGUACUAAUUUUAUGGACAUAGCGCCACCUGCCGGCCAAUACUGUUACCAGGAUGACAUCUUUCCUGCAACCAUGGCAACGACAUUCGGAAAAACGUUUUUGUCAGGACCAUUUAGAUGACCAACUUCAUUUGUUAUGACAUCAACAAUGAGCAAUGUUCAAAAACUCUUGAAUUUAGUUUUGAUGCUUGUUUUGGCUCGCCUGUAAAAAUUGCAUUGAAAUAUGAGAACUGAAUGGCAACACCGUAGUAUAAAUCAAACAUAAUUAUAUUUUAUAUUUCACAAAAAGUAUGUCUUCAAAUGAAGACAGAAAAUAUGCGAUGUGCAUAGCUGAGUAUAUAUCUAGCGGUCACCGUUUGCCACUAAAUAAUGUCGGCCAAUUUAGGUGUUUUUGCAGGUUGUCCAAGAUACAUAAUACACUCAAAUACCAGAAUUUUCUAGUGGUUCUUCAGCUUGCGAGGUGUAAAGCACCCAGUUGGUGUAAAUAAUUCACAAUUUCAUCUGAAGCAUCAUAGACUCCAGGCUGAGCAGUAUUCAUCUUACAAAUGAACAACAGAUAGUACUGUAGAGUCACAGGAACUAUGUUCGCUCUGCUUGUUGGAUUAUAAUAAA